AUGGCAAACUUCAUCCCAAACUUCUCAACUUCGUAUGGCACUAGCUCUGAGAAUGAUGAUGAGGCAAUUCUCAAUGGCGCAGCAAUUUUGCUAUUUGCACCUGAAGCUGAACAAUAUGAUGGUCCUCUUAUCAAAGUACCCUGCCGAACUGGAGAUAUGCCUGGUUGGAAGUGGGUGCAAGAGCUAAUCCUUGGUCACCCGCUUCGAAUAUUGGAGAAUUGUCGAAUAACGGUUGAUAAUUUCAUGAGACUUUGUGACAUUUUGGUUCAAAAUAACUACGUGCCGCAAAAUCCGCACAAGCAUGUGUCUAUUGAGGAAUCACUGGCUAUGACUCUAGUCAUGUUGAGCCAUAGCACGCGUACUCGAGUAGUGGCGGAGAGAUUUCAACACUCCACUGAAACCAUUCACAGAAAUGUAGCAGAAGUGUUGUUGGGACUGUGUAGAUUUGCGCAAAGGAUUAUUCGACCAAGACAAACAAAUGACGUGCAUCCAAAAAUACGAUAUAGCACCAAGUAUUAUCCUUGGUUUAAGACAGAACCAAGUCAUGCUUAUGGUGCUUAUAUUUACCAAACUGCUGCUUUAGAAGAUGCUAUUGGCGCUAUGGAUGGCACUCAUAUCCCUGCUUCGGUGCCCACAAAUGAGCAAAUGGCCUACACUAAUAGACAUGGAACCCAAUCUCAGAAUGUUUUAGCUGUAUGUGACCAUGACAUGCGCUUUGUGUAUGUCUAUGCCGGAUGGGAGGGAAGCGCACACGAUGCUCGGGUCUUUGAAAGUGCACUUCGAAUGCACACUGACUUCCCAAUUCCACCCCCAGGCAAGUACUACUUGGUGGAUGCGGCAUACAAGAUGAUGCCGGGAUUCUUAGAACCAUUUAAAGGAGGACGUGUUUCACGUGUUGGGCAAGGAUGUGGCCGAGGCCAAGGACCGAAGGAGCUAUUUAAUACCCGUCACUCCCAACUUCGCAAUGUAGUUGAGCGAUCUUUUGGUGUCUUGAAACAACGAUUUGCCUAUUUGAAGGGACCUGUCCCAUAUUCCUAUAUGCAAACACAAAUCAAUGUAGUCAUUGCAUGUUGUGCAUUGCACAAUUUCUUAAGGGAAACUCAACCCUCGGAUGAUCACUUCCUGCAAUAUGAACAAGAGGACAUACAAGUACAAGCCGAAGCUGGCGGUAAUCCAUACCCGAAUAUACAACCAUUGGCUGUGCCCCCACAUGAGAUAGCAGCUUGGAAGGCAAUGAGAGAAGAAAUGGCUAAUCAAAUGCAUGCUAGUUCACGCAGGCGAAGGCAGUAG